AUGGAAGAGGUGGUUCGAGCCUUCCUGAGCACUGGGGACGCCGACGCUCAUCAGCGCGCAAUCGACUACUUCGAAGAACUGAAACACUCGCGCAACGGCUGGAGGCAGAGCCUCGAGACAGUCAUCGGCAGCCCCAAUUUAGAUGGCGGAUCCGUUUUCUUCUAUUUGAGCGUGAUUGAACACCACGUCAAGGUGCACUACGCUUCGGCAGGUGAAGACGAGCAACGAUUAGUUCGCACAUUCUUCGAGGAGUGGCUCGCUCGUGCCGGCCAAAGAAAAUCGGAAGUCUUCGUCGCCAAUAAGUUCGCGCAUAUCGUCAGCCAAAUUGUGCUGGUGGACUUCCCUGCGCGAUGGAGAACCUUCUUCAACGAUUUGCUGCGAAUCACCACGCAGUUGGGCUGGGACCUCUACCUCCGAAUCCUUAUAGCCAUCAAUCAGAGUAUCGCCGAGAGAGAGGUUCAAAGAUCGGCCGAAGAAGCUGCCCGGGGGACUCUGAUCAAAGACACCAUGCGAGAAAUCUGUGUUCCGCAAUUGGUGGACUCGUGGUACAAUAUUCUGGUGACGACGGGUUGCCCUCCCUCAGUGACAGCGCAAUGUCUGCUCACGGUUGGAAUGUACGUUUCAUGGAUCGACUUGAGUCUUGUUUGUAACUCACGAUUCAUGCAAGUGUUAGUGAACUGCUUCUGCCGACAAAACGAAGUGCGAGAAGCAACAAUCGAUUGUAUCACCGAGAUCAUCCACAAGGGGAUGGAACCCGCUCCAAAAAUACAACUCGUUAUCAGCAUCCUGGAUGUGUUCCAACCUAACCUGCAGACCGUGACUCCUUCGACCGCCGACGAAGACAUAGACUGCGUGAUCAAACUCUCGACCAUGCUCAAUAUCAUGACGAGUCACGUGUUGAACGCGUGCACAAAACUGUUACCGAGAAAAAGCAACGACCUACAGGAAGACCAGGCGAGCAUCGUCCGCACCGGUCAUGAAGUGAUCGAGCAGCGUCUCUUCCCUAUAAUCGAGAAAUAUCUCGCGCAUCCCGAUGACGACGUAUCCGCUGCCGUGACGGAGUGCAUUCGUGAAUAUCUGCAAUAUAUCAAACAGAAGCCGUGCGGCGAGGUCCAGAGAGAUAUCGUGCAGAGACUCCUCUUCAUUAUCGUGAAUAAGUACAAAUUCGACGCUGACUACGACUUCGAAUCGAACGGCGGCGAAGAGGCGGACUUCAUCCAAUUCCGGCGCACAUUGAAAGUUCUUUUCGACAACAUUACCCAACUCGACAGAGAUUUGGUUUCAUGCUUCGUCCGGGAGCUCCUGCGAACGACGCUCCCGAAUUGGAAAACGCUGCCCUUCCAGGACGUCGAAGUUGCGAUCGCCUUUCUCUACCUCCUCGGUGAAUCAUCCGCUCAACACAACGUCGCUAUUUCCGUGAUGGUCGCGGAUCUGGUUGCCAGUGAAGUAUCGAACCAUCCGCAUUCAUCGGUGCGACUGCAGUUCUUCGAAACCUGUGGCCGUUACGACAAGGUGCUCACUGCGCAGAUGCUGCCACCUGUCAUUGCCGCGUUCUUGGACGGUCGGGGGCUCCGUGCCGCCGAACCCUCGGUCAGAUCUCGAUGCAGCUAUCUUUUCGCGAAAAUAAUCAAAACCUCAAAGUCCAAGCUCGAAAACUACAUAGAAGAAAUCCUCUGCCGGCUCCAUGACCUUCUCCUGCUGCCCCAGCUCCAACAGGUCAACGAAGGCAGCCGACUCUCGACCGAUGAUCAGCUCUAUCUUUACGAGGCGACUUCGAUUCUAGUCAUUUCGAGUCAGUUCCCCGCUGAGAAAAAGGAAUCCCUUCUGAGACAACUGCUCACGCCUGUUAUUCAGAGCUAUUCAAUGUACACAACGCAACUGAACAUUCAGCCGGAGCCGCUACGCAACCGCAUGGCGGAACUCAUGAGUCACGCCAUCCAUCUGACCUCGCGCACGAGCAAGGCGUUCAGCAAUACGCAGACGAUGCGCGCAUGCAACUGCGUGCAGAUCUACACGGACGCUAUCGCGAUCUUCGAUAAGGCGCUCUCGUUGAGCAAAUGCGAGGAUUCGACCGUCACUCUCAUCUAUUCAGCGUUACGGCAAUUUCUACACCGGAUGGUGGUCUGUCUGGACAGCGAAGACAUGCUGCCGCUCCUGCCGCAUCCCCUGGCGGCAUUGUUGGGGAUCCACGUACCGAUUUCACUCGAUUUCAACUUGGCCGACAGGUCGCGACCCCUGCAGGAGACUAUACCGCUCGUUACUCAGAUCCUGGCCAAGUUCAAACGAGAUUGCAUUCCGCUAAUGCGUGAGCUCUUCCUGCCGACUUUGGAUUUGAUUUUCAAGUGCCUUGAAGUCCCGAUAGAGACGAGCGAUCUGGUUUCCCUCAAGGAGCGCCAGAUGCUCCAGCGCGCUUAUUUCAAUUUGAUUUUCGCCAUGGUCACGUCCGACGUAUUGGCCGAUGUCAUACCGAAUCAGGACAGUCAACGACUAGAACAGGUGCUCACAACCAUCAUCCAGGGAGCGGUGAAUCUCCCGGAUCCAGUGUCUCAGAAAACGUGUUUUGCCACACUCCGCAAGAUGGUCGAGGCUUGGGGAAAGAACUCGGACAACGUGGUGUUCAUGCGUUUCUUAUACGAUGCCAUCCUGCCAGCGUGUUUUCAAGCUCCGUUGCAGGCUUCUUUCAAUUUGGACGAUGCACAGACGGCUCUUGUGCUCUCGGAAACAGCUUGCUGUCUACAAGGCAUUCACAAAGUUAGGAAUAACGAGCUCUUGGUGUUCCUGAGCACCGAGCUGCUUCCGAAGUUGAACCUAGACGUCGUCCAAAUGCAAGAGUACCGCCAUCAACUUCAGCAGGAUAUAAAGAUUUUUCGUCCCUACCUCAAGAGAUUCUUCGAGCAUCUCCGCAAACGGAACGGAAUGUAGUGAGGUCUUCCAUCGGAAUGUGUACAUAAGGGGAGACUUCGUGGAAAAUUACAAAAACUAAUGCCAUCUUCCCACAAUUACCCCCAGUGUGGUUCUGUAGUGGUCGCCAAGCCUGUUGUCCGACACGAAUUGGAAAUGUGUUGCGAGCUAGUUCAACGAACGUUCUGUACAUUAUUGUUGAUGUUCACACGAGUUAUAGAGAGAAUCAAGUUCGAGGCAGAAAACAAACAGCGGCGAACUGACACGAAUAGGACAACGACAGAAUUACUUACGAAGAGCAGUUUCGAGAGCCACUAACUGAACCGUGGAAUCACCGUUAUAUGGAUUGAGAGAUCGAAAGAUAUAUGCUUAUAGAAGAAGCAAAAUCUAGGAGGAACGCGGAAUAGAAAAACAACGCCGAAGGUUUCGAGCUGGUGUUUGAGAUACUUUCGAGAUGUUUAGGAGAUUUAAUACAAUGCUCGGAUGCGGGUCGCGGUGUGUUGUGCGCGCAUCAUUUUAGGCAGACUGGAGUAAUUUAUGAGAGCCGUGUUGACGAUGACCAGU